CAAGUCGCCGUCCUCUGCCUCCAGUACUCCACCGCUGUCGGGAACGCUAGGGCCGAUAUCACACGCCUCCAAAGCCGGUUGGACGACCUAGGCACAACCCUCCAGGGUGUUCAGCAUCUUCUUGAUAACCGGAAUAAUCAAGCGCUCGCGACGUCGCGAAAACUGGUCGACUCUGUUGAUGGCUACACAUCAGAGCUGGUCCAGUUGCUAGAUCCGGGCAAGGCCCGAAGGGCGAUGCGCCGUUUCGGACUUCGUGCCCUCAAGUGGCCGUUCGAUAGC